AUCCGGAGAUCGAGCGAGAUGGAUGUCAAGACGGAACUUUUACCCUGGGCGCGAAAAGCUGAAAAGUCUUUCCCAUUAAAGAAAAAGACAGAGAGAAAGGAACGGGAACGGUGAAGCAAGGCGAGCCGGUGAUCGCGUAGUGGGACCAACAAAGUUACUUGGAUCGACAACAGAUACUUUUCUCGCCAGUAACCACCAAGACACCAUGACGACAGGAUCACUCGCACCGUCCCCGAUGCGACGACCACCGACCAUCGGUCUAAUCAUCGCGUUUUUCCUCAUCGUAGCGGCACAAAUAUGUAGCGGAGCGUAUUAUGGAAAAGUGAUCGGUAAGUUGUCUGAACUUCAUCACGGUGUGAGUGGCGAGGUUUACGCGGUUGACGCAAGAACACUAUUUAUCAAGGACUUCACAUACGAUGGCGAAGGUCCAGCCGCCUUUUUUUACGCUGGAAACAGCAAGGGUCCAGGUAGCAACGGUUUCCGAGUGCGCGAUGAACGCGGAACUACCAACGUCCUUAAACGGUACCGCAAGAAGGACAUCACACUGACCUUGCCGGAUGGCAAGACCUUGAACAAUAUCAAGUGGUUCUCGGUUUGGUGCGACGAAUUCUCGGUGAAUUUUGGUGAUGUUAAAAUACCGAGAGGUUUCGAUUAUCCGAAACCGCAAAAAUUAAAAUCAUUGAGCGGUAUACAUGGCGUUAGUUCCGAACCGGUCGUCAUUGUAGAUGCUCAGACUCUGCUGAUACCCAGCUUCAGUUACGACGGAGAAGCACCUGAUGCUAAGUUUUGGGUAGGUGUUGGUUCGACACCGUCACCGCAGGGUUUCCGAAUACCCGACGAAAAUGGGAAAGAACAGCCGUUGCGUCGUUACGAUCGUAAGACAAUUGUUCUGACAUUACCGGGCGAUCUGACCGUUCAUCAGUUCGGUCAUUUUGGAGUAUGGUGCGAGGCAUUCGCUGUUGACUUUGGCCACGUGCAAAUUCCACAAGGUUUAAACAUACCGCCAUCUCUGAAAAUGCUAGGAGUUUCGCCACAGUCGAAACUUAACUGCGAAGUUCUUGACGACAGUUUAGCUUUUGAAGUGAGAUGGGCCGUAGCCGGGGACAGUAUAGUUGUCCAGCUUGUUGCAAAAUUAGAUGCCGGAGAAUAUAUGGCGUUUGGAUUAUCCGCGGAUACAGAGAAGAGUGUGAUGAUUGGCGGAGACGUCGCCGUAGCGUGGGUCGACAAACAGACCUUGCAAGGAUAUGCCGUCGAUUACUUCCUAGACGCGAAAUCUCAGUGCUCGGGACGCCGAGGCAGUUGUCCGGAUAAGCGUAUACUGGAAAAUACGGACUCGGUGCGAUUAUUGAAUGCGGCAAUGGUGAAUGGCUACAGCAUUGUUACAUAUCAGAGACCGUUGAGGGCCAGUGAUGAAUUGGACCGUCCGAUAUUGACGAAUAAAUCGCAGGCCGUAAUCUGGGCCAUCGGGCCAUUGAACGAGCGACAGGAGGUCAGUUUUCAUAGUCGCUAUCUGAAGACCGAUCGCUUUAUGGAAUUCAGCAGACCACCCGCGUGGAACUGUCCUAUGCCUGAUCAGGAACAAACCUCGGUCUACGGCGAAAUAGGAAGUAAUACUCAAGUUGUUGAGGUUGUCAGUACGAGAAGGCCGUCACGUUUACCGGCGACUCCUGCACCGGCAUCCACGAAAGACGCUUGGGAGAUACCACCCAUUCAGUGUAACGAGCCGGAUGAUGGUGUCUUUUAUGCGCAGAUGGGGCCCACCGGAGGAAAACAUGGCUAUCCAGCCAUUACCGGUCAUGUCGGUUGGGGAAUCUCUUGGUACAUCAAUGGAUUGUUGAUACCCGUGAUUAAUGUGGUUCGGGGCAGCAGAUAUACUUUCGUCGUGGAAGGUGGUUCUGAUCCGGAUAUACCGGCGCGUUAUCAUCCAUUCUAUAUUACGGACGACCCGAUAGGCGGUUACCAGCACAAAACGGCUGAGGAGAAAGCGAAAGUAAAGAUAUUUGCCGGUGUACUCCGACAACGCGGCAAGAUUAUUCCCACUGGCACGGGUCGUCUCUGCAAUUGGAUGCCGGAUCAGAAUCAACCGCCCGCGGAUGACUUCGCAUCUUUCGGAGCUUAUCAGCGCACUCUGACCCUUGAAUGCGACCACGGUGAACCGGGUUUUGUGGAAUGGACGCCUGACGAAAAUACACCCGACACGGUGUAUUAUCAGUGUUUCACGCAUCGUUAUCUAGGCUGGAAGAUUAAUGUUCUUGAUAGCUGCGAUCUCAAUAACGAGCCAUCGUCGGCGGCCAGUGAGAAGCAUGAGAUGUAUCUGGAGCCAGCUAAAGGCCGUCAGAAUCAGCCGACGAAUCAGGAUCUAGAAUACGGCGCUAGCAUAGCCGUAGCGAGCAAGGUAAUGCCACCAGAAGAGUUUCUUCAUCAACAGCAUGUUCAUCAUCCUCACCGCGAAUACGGUCAUCGUUAUCCCCAUCAUACGACGACUAACAGCAAGUUAAAUGCCUCACAUCACCACUCGCAGCUACUAACGAACGCCAAUAACAAUUACGAUCGCUUGCAAUCAUCAUCAUCAUCAUCCUCCGAGAACUCGAACGAGGCACGUCUGAAGGACGCGUAUCGUGUUGAUGAGGAAGCUUUGCAGCAGCAGCAACAACGGCCGGUCACGACUACUCACGAGCAGUCGCCGUCCCUUCGUGUCGGUCAUCUCACGGAGCCCGGACGGGAACAAAUUCAGCAGCAGACUGCCACUAACCAGCAAUUGUCUAACCUCGUUGCAGAUAACCAACGACCAACUUCAUUGAAUCAUGGGACAAAGUUGUCUUAUGUAGGGCUGGCCAGCGGCAACCACGGCCAGUUACCAUACUCCCGAGCACCGCAUUAUUACGCGACCAAUUACCAUCACGUUCGCCAUCAGCUUUCUCCGCCUCCUCCUCGUUAUCAUCAUCAACACGAACCUCCGAGGGCCCAACUGAUGAUCAUACGCCGACCGGUAACACUAACGCGCCAUCCGAUGUUGCAGACUUUACAAGCCGCUAAUAUGAUAACUUCGACAAACGCGUUAUCAUUGCCGUUCCCGUUGCCAUUAUCAUUGCCGUCGUCGUUAUCUUUGCCGUCGCCAUCGCGACCGAUUUUCAUCGAGCGCAAAAAGUCCGUUUAUCGACCGCCCGCUAUCGCAGCGAUGACGACGACGAUGAUGGCGACGACACUGAAAACGACAAUUGACCAAGCGGCUAAUCCGUCGCUUGAGAAACCCGCGGCAAAAAUUGACACGAAGCAACAACGUGCGAAACUUGAAGCGAAAAUGAGCUCGGAGAUCAUUGCGGAAAUUUCCGACAAUCUCAUGGACUCUUCCUCGUGGACGCUCCUGAAACCCGCACGCAAUACCGGCUUUGAUCCUGAUUCUAUUGUCAUCGAGGGCGGUUUCAAACCAAUUAUCAGAAACGUCGUAGACAACGCGCCCGAUGUCGCGCAGAAGAGGACGGAUCCGUGGCGCGAGGACGACAAAAAAAUGUAUGGGAAGCGUUCGGAUUAUCGGACGAUUGAUGAGUUCUCGCCCAUCUUUAUGCCAUCGCUGCCCGUCGUGACGACAUCCACGAUCGACGGCGGCAGGAAGCGAAAGAAGAAGACAUCUCCUGCGCGCUUUUCGCCGCGACUCGACGACCUCGACGACAUGGAGAUGGCGGCUGAUCUUAGAUUGGAUACUUAUUAUCUACCGCCGAUUGCGAGAACGCGACCUGAGCAACUACCAUCUUCCUCCUCUUCCGGCGUGCUAAUCACUUAUGACGGUAAAAAACUCAAGGAUUCCACCGGCCUGGCCAGAUCCAUUUCCAACAUCGAACAUCGCGAUAGCAAGGGAAGACUGACGUCGGAACUGCUCAGCAGAACGCCGCAGUUCGGUAAGUUUCAAGGCGAGCUUCCUCCGCUGAUUCCCGGCGAGAUGCGCACAAACGGCUCGUACGAGAGGCGAUAUCGUUUAUCGGAUGUCGAUCUAUCCCUCCGCUCCGAAUUCCUGCCCAAGACGAGAUUAACACUGGUGGAGAGAUCGAAGAGAUCCCCGCCAGAGGGACAUCGGACAAUGUCCAGCGUCAAUUUUCAACGAGACAACUCGUAUAGCAACAAUCACGGUCGCCGGGAACGCGAACAGGUCGAAACAGUCAGCGGAGGAGCAACUCGCGUUGGCAAUCUCGGAUUUAUCGUACUGAUCACGAUCGGUGCAUAUUGCGCGAUCUGAAAUCAUCGGCGAUGUCUUUUUGUCCCUUGAUGAAGAGACAUCAGUAGUAUCCUUGCGAGAUCGGAAGAUUGCUUAUUGUCCGAGUGCGUCUCUCACUAUAGGCUUGCACGCGGAUAUAGCAUUCGCGUUCGGAAAUAAUAGACGAUAUACUCUAUUUGCGUUAACACUGGGGAAGGCAUUUACUAACCUAAUGAGAAAAUUACGGUUUCCUAUACAAGUAGUACAAUCCACCUGUCAAACUCUUGCGUCUCGCUUCUGGUCUCGCUCUCUUGAUCGCAUUCUCUUUGCGUAACAGCCACUAGCUACUGACAUGAACAACGUGAAUCGACGGCUUUUUUAAGGCACGUAGACAUUUUUACGAUGCUUUUUAGCUAUUAUAUUAUAUCUGGAAAGAGAAAAAGUAUGUGAGUUUUUUCAUUUAAUUAAAGCGUACGAAUUUGUUUUCCUAUAUUAGAAAACGGAAUUGUCAUGUCUGAAAAUAGACAAACGUGAAAAUCCGAUCGGGCUUCGAAAAUGUCAACUUAUAACUGGCACCAGAGACGUUUGCAGCAACAGGUUAUCAAAUUGUUGUGCGUAUAUUAGCUCCUAGUUUUAAGAACAAUCGAAGAAAGAUGACACGUACAUUCGAUUUCAAUAAUGGGCAAGUAUCUGGUAAAUUAAAAUAUUUCCCUAAAUAUUUUUAAGUUGUACUUUAAUAGAAUCUAGAAUCGAUUUAUUGUUAGGUAAAAGAAGAAAAUGACGCGCAAAUGCGAUAUUAAUUACGAUAAUAUAUUUUAUUGCAUAGAAUAGAAAACAAUUGUUAUACAAUAUAAUCGACACAACAAUGUUAAAAUUACAAUGUACGAGGAAAACUGAGAUUGAGCCAUUUUUCAUCAAAAAAAGAAAUAAUUCACACACAAUCUCCGACAACGCGUGUAAUCAUCCUUUGUCUAUCGCACUUACAUUCUUACAAAAUUCCGUACACGGAUUCCAUUUAAGUACAUACCUAUGAAAAGAAAUAAUAGAAAAUCCUAUACGUAUAUAUGUAAAAAUUAUUUUCCAAAAUCUUAUCAAUCGCUGCAAAAAUAUAAUCGUAAAAGCAUAAAAGAGGAGCACACACAGGCAUAUCCACGUCCGCUGUAGGUGUUCUAAAUUAACAAUCAUUAAGAUUUCGCAUCACCGUUGAAAUAUCAGAUCAUGAUGUCAGAAGGCAAAACGAUAGUAUCGAAUGUGAUAUAGAUUUUACUUUUAAAAUUUGUAUCACUGAUAUUAAUAAAGGAAUUGUCUGCAGAAAGAUUUUAUGGCUCAUUGAAAAGUAUAUUUAGCGAUUUAAAUAAUUGUUAGCUGCAGUUUCGAGUAAUUAGUAAUCAUUAAAAAUCAGUUAAAACAAAGUUGAUUAUGGAGUAUAUAGAAUGCAGAGAACGCAGAAAUUGUUAGAUAAAAUUUAUAUACGGAAAGAGGAUUUUGCAUAGUUUGUUUCACACUUAUAAUAUCAAACAGAUGAAUAAAGUUUAAAAAAACUCUUCUUUCGACAUGUAUGUACCAUAAGAGAAAAAUUCAAUUUCUCACUGCUGACGUCACAAUCUGGUUGUGUGUGUGUGUGUAUGUGUGUGUGUAUUGGCGACUGAUUUAGAAAAUUUCAAGGUAUGUAUAUGUAUAAUAGAGAAUACAUAUCGAACAGCUAAAUAGCAGAACAUUUUAAUCGCGGAAAUUAUUAUUAUUCUUAAUACACAUAAUCGAUACCGCGCAUAUUUACAUAUAUAUAUUACAGAAGAUNUAUAUAUAUUAUAUAUGUUAUAUCCCUUAUUAGUUAUACAAAUAUAAUGAACACUUGGUUAAUUAUUCUUCUACAACUUUAAGUAAUAUACAAACUUUACACCCAGUCAUAUGCUUUCUCGGUGAUAAAAUUUAUGGCUAUAAACGACAGUUUCUAUACAUUUAGCAUUGCAUAUUAUUAUACUGCACUAUUGCGUACAUGUUAUGUUUCAGUCGAUUAAUUUUUAAUUUCAUUCCGUAUAUAUCAUAAAUAUGUUCAAUGAAAGUUCUUUUCUUAACAAUGUGUUAGUUAUGAUUGUAAAAUGACAUCUUUAAAAAAAGCGACAAAAAAGCACGUUCGUCUGAUUAAUAAUAAGCGUUAUACAUUUUAACGCGUUUUAAAUUUUCAUUUAUAAAAGUAUCAUGAGAUACUAAAAUAUCUAUUGCAAUAUAAAGUUACACAACUGUAUAUAUUGCAAUUUGCCUUUCUGAAAGAUAAAAAUCUGAAUAUUCUAAAGUUGCAAUAUACAUUAAUCGGAAAAAUAUAAUUUUCUCGAUUAUACUAUUCUUGUAAAAAGUUGAAAUUUAAUUCCGAAUUCAAUUUCAAAAUCGUUUUCGAACUCUUUCAAUUCACAAUGAAAACAUUCUUAUCAAUAUACCAUUAUCGUAAUAUAACGUAUACAAUAUGGUUGCUAAUUUCUAUUUAUCAUAAUCCGUUAAUGUGUGUUUACGAAAGAAAGUAUAUAUUAAACAGAUAUACAUAUAUUAUGUGCAAAGAAAAAGAUGUUCCGCAUUUUCUAUUAUUAGCGAGAAAUUUAUUAGGUAUACGACAAUUUUGGCAAUCUAUCAUGAGAUUAUAAUUCGGAUUUUGCAAAUAAAAACAAGGAUCAGAAAAUUUUUUUACAUAUUUAAACAUUCAAUGCACAAAGCAUAGACAAAAGUUUAUACAAUGCAAUCAAAGCAAUCUGCUUUCCAUUAAUAUCAACAUAAUAUACAUAUACAAUAGAGAAUAAGAAAUAUAAGCGCGCGCGCUAAAUAAUAAAUGUUUAUGAUAAACAUUUCAACAAAAAUCAUGGAAUCAAUAUUUUGUAUGAUUAAAAUUUACAGCGUUUAUAACAAAUUUGCGUUUUUGAUGAAAUUGAAACUUACAAUCAAUUAUGCACGAUGAAUUUUGAUAAAAUGUGAAUAUUUGAUCGAAUAUUUAUUUUGCUUGUCUCUACCAUAUUGAUAUACUUGAUUAAUAAAUAAAAGCAAUGAUUCCUAAUUACAGGAGUGCAAAUACAAUUUUUGGUUCGAAAAAUGUGACGUUACAGCAUUACACUAGAAAAAUGAUAGUCUUUGUGCACUUUACCGAUGAAAGAUUAGAUACAUUUUUUAUAUGGAGUACAUACACAUAAACAUGAAAAAACAUUUUGAGAAUUCCAAGUGAUAUCAAUUAAAAAGAAAGAUAGAAGUCUUUAAAUCAAAAAGUCUAGUUUCCUUGGUGAUAUAGUUUCUGUUAAAUAAUAGACUCGUCCCUUUUGAUAUAAACAUUCUUUAUACUAUGUAUUCGAUAUAUACAUAAAUCUAAUUCUUCAAAUCAUAAUUUAUAAAUACAUCAAUAAUAUACUUGAUGUUUUAUACGCAACGAAGACAAAAAUACUCCAAUUCCAAUAUCUUACACUUUAUAUUUAUAUAUCAUGAUGGACAUUUGCGCGCACUUUUCAUACAAAAUUAUACUUGAAACGUUGCAAAUUGAAUAAAUUUUCCCUUCUCAAUUCAUUUUUAAUAACAACUAAAGAAAAUAUACUUCAACGCAUUUUGCACGAGAAAUAAGUUAUUAUAAACUGCUUCUAUAUUUAAUUGGAACAGCAAUGGGAAAACAAAACUAUUGCAUUUUCCAAAAUAUUUUACAUGGAAAGAUAUAAUCAUCAUAACUGAAAGUUACUUUUAAAUCCAACUGUAAUAACGAUUAGGAAACAUACUCUACUCGCAUUUUCAAAAAUGUUUUGUAAUGAAAAGACGGUCGUUAUAACUAAAAAUAAAUAUUUUUGCUUCUUGUUCGAUUGUUUGAGCGAAAAUAAAUCAUAAAAAAGCUUACUUAAUAAAAGAAAAUAAAAUCAAGAAAUUAAUUACAUUAUUAACACACAAUGUUUUAAUGACGCAUUACGUGUUCUCGUCGAUUGUCAUUGUACCAUCCGACACAAUUAUUAGGUAGCUUUGAAGCAUUGAAUGUUAUAAUUGUUUGUCCAAUAUAUUAUAUCAUAUGUGCAUACAAGUCACACUAUCACAAAUGUGUUAGUACAUGAAUGGGCAACUGAGAAAUAUGAUGAUUUUUUAGCAACUUUUUUUCUCCUUUUUUUCGUUUCUAAACCUAAAAUAAUUAUUUU